AUGGUCAAGGAAAUUGGCAGAAAAUUGCUAAGAAAGCAGGUUGAUCAGCUAUUCACAGCUUCGAAUCUGUACAAUUACUUGAAUGUUCCUCCUUUGGAUGGCGGUCUUCUUGGCUUGCAAGAAAUUAAUGCCGAUGAUUUGAUCAAACUCCAAAUUCUUCAGAACACAUUGCAACUUAUGAAUCCAAGUCCACUUCCAUACAGUGUUCAGGGAAAUGCUAAUCUGGGAGAUCACCUCGUCCAGUUAGACAGGCUUUAUAAUGGGGCGACAAAUGAUAUUCCCACUGUUGAUCCCUUUCAGACUCAUUCAUCAUCAACAAUGUCAGAUUGGAGUACAGUUUCUGCAUCAUUACUGAAUCAAAUGCAGCAGCCAUUGACUUCCAAGUCUUUACCAUGCUUUGAAAUUGAAUCUGUUACUACUCCAUGGUCAGUCAUGAAUGACAGAAAUAGUAUAUUCAAUUCGGAAUAUUCAUUUGAACCUCUUCCAUCUUUGGUUACAGUCACCCCUGAAAGUUCCACAGUGACCAAGCUUGAAAACACCGAGCAAAGUUACAUAAACACAGACCAACCUGAUCAUGAUCAGCUGCAGACAAAUCAGUUUGAGCCAUGGGAAACUCUUAAUGUGGAUGAUGAGGCCAACAGUUCUCUUUGGAAAGACAUUUUCGGAUGA